AUGGCGGACACUCCCCUGACCGCAAAGAAAUAUGUCGACGGCAUCUAUAUCCCCGCCGGUCUUCUAGUCUUCGGCACAUUUAUCGUCAAGAAAGAAUGGACACCUUUUGCUGCCAUACUCGCCAUCCUAUUGGGUGUCUGGAAGUUCUCUAGCUCACAACCCAAGAAGGUCUUGAAACCCGAUGCCUUCCAGGAUUUCGAACUCACCGAAAAGACUAUCAUUUCUCACAAUGUUGCCAUCUACCGAUUCAAGCUUCCAAACAAGAGCGACAUCCUUGGUCUUCCAAUUGGCCAGCAUAUCUCCAUUGGUGCGAAUCUCAAGCAACCUGAUGGCACCACCAAGGAAAUAGUCCGCUCGUACACCCCAAUCUCUGGCGACCACCAGCCUGGUUAUUUCGACCUCCUAAUUAAAUCCUACCCUACUGGUAACAUUUCUAAGCACCUGGCUUCUCUAGGAGUUGGACAAACCAUCAAGGUGCGCGGUCCCAAGGGCGCUUUUGUCUAUACUCCCAAUAUGGUCCGCCACUUCGGAAUGGUUGCUGGUGGUACCGGCAUCACCCCCAUGUUACAGGUUGUACGGGCCAUUAUUCGUGGUCGUCCUACCGGCGAUAAGACCCAGGUAGACCUCAUCUUUGCAAACGUCUCGACUCAGGACAUUCUUCUUAAGGAGGAUCUCGACCAAUUGGCCAAGGAAGACUCUGGAUUCCGAGUUCACUAUGUUCUUGACAAGCCUCCUGAGGGAUGGACUGGUGGUGUUGGAUAUGUUACUGCUGACAUGGUUACUAAAUGGUUACCAAAGGCUGCCCCAGAUGUCAAGAUCUUACUUUGUGGCCCACCUCCAAUGAUUAGCGGGCUCAAGAAGGCCACCGAAAGCCUCGGCUUCCAGAAGGCCCGGCCGGUGAGCAAGUUGGAGGAUCAAGUUUUUGCGUUCUAA